AUGUCUGCUGCUGAAGAACUAUACUUCGAAGAAGCUACUCAGCGGCUUCGAUCGUUCUGGAGUGAUGAGUCGCUCGACGAUACAAACGCUACACAACUGCUUCAGAACCUCGCAGAAGAUGCCGUCAAAGACUGUAAAGUUUGGCUGGAUAUAUUGCUGGCUACUGCAGAAAAUACAAUCAUUGAAUUACUCGAGUUAACUUGCACAGAAGAUUUUGAUCAUCCGCUUGGCGUACUCCACUACAUAGCGCUGCGCGCACAUAAAAAAUUCUCCCAUCUGGAGCCACUACUGAGCGAACACUGUGGCGCUGUGCUACAUGUGGAAUCCCUGCUUUAUCCCAUAAGAAGUUGGUGGUACAUAAGAAAGGUACCGCAUCUAGCGGAAAGAGUAUUCCGGGAACAAGCAUAUCCUAAAUUUGUGCUAGAUACUCUGCUGUCGCUUCAUGCAAAUGCAUGGCCAGAAGGGGUGCCGAUACCCCCCUCGAUCCCCAGCGGGCUGCAAGGGCGAAAGGCUAUAAAACAUAUCAUGGAUGAAGCAUGUCGUAAGAUAAUCUCUCACGUAGGCCACCCGAGGUACUUGACAUGCGCUCGUAAAGCAACUCUUUUUUUAUCAAUGGUACUCCAGAAUGCCAUGACAAAUCAGUAUGGUAGGGAAAUGGUACUAGAUAUCGAAUCCGAGGUGUUAUUGGAUAGAAAAAUAUGGGAACGUCAAUUACUAGUUUACAUGACAGAUGAUUUUACAGACUAUGAGCAGCACUUUUUAUUGGCAAGUUCCGUUCUCACCCAAGAAGAAAUGGAGAGAGGUUGGCUGGCAAAAUACACUGACGCUUGUAAUAUGAUAGCUGUUGCUAAUAGAACGGACGUGAUACCUGCCUUCCUCCGUUUUACCGUUACUUACGCCGUGAGGUCAAUUGAUGUGGCACGGCACUUUAGAAGCUAUCAAGGUUCGCAGCCGCGUUUUCUACUAAAUUUAGUAAACUAUAGCGUCUCCACUUUUGACAGGUUCCAUCUAACUAUAAAGGAUGGCGUGGAUCUGGACACUUUCUUGGUACUAACAGCCUUGCAAACAAAGUUCGUGGACUCUUUCCUGGAACGGUUUCUGUUGAAAGAAGUUAUCAUGUCAGAUGGGACCUUCCGUAGGCUAUCGGAAAGAGAAAUUGAUCAUUCCCCACGCAGUCGCUCCACUAAAGACUUACAAAUAAUAGACUGGACCAAGAAGAACGAUCGGUUUCUACAGUUUAAGAAAGACGUAGAAAUGUCCAAAGCCAUCGGGAAUUUUGACCUAGGUGGAAUAAACGUGGCACCGAGGGUAUUUAAUAAAUCCCUAUUUCAGAUGUACUAUUGUGCGACGGACAAUCAGCGAAUGAUGAAACUCCCCGAUUACCUUGAUCACCAUCUUUCCAAGGUAAUCGAUGAGAUUUACAAGGAGACAGCAGACGAUCGAUCAGUGGUCCUACAACCUCACUUGCAUCGCUUAGUGAUCAAAGCAGAUUUUGCAACAGACGUCUACUUGGAUAUAGAUAUAUGGCAAGCCGCUGUUUUACUUGAGAUAUUUUCAGUUGAUCAUCAAGCAAACUUUGACACUAUGGUUGAAGCCUUAAAAGUAAAGAAUAUAACCGCGUUUCAAAGCGUCCUGAACUCAUUACGAAAACAUAAAAUACUCAGGAAAAGUGGUCAACAAUAUAUCUUGAAUAACGAUUUUAGUCCGAAACACCCAAGCACAGAAGCUUCGCCAUAUAGAGUUUCCUACUCUAAAGAUAAAAUUAUUAACAAAGGCCCUGAAUUUCGAGCUCCGAACACUGAUCAAAAGUGGACUACUCAGGCCAAUUAA